AAUAGAAAACUUCAGCCCAUCUACCUUGGAAAAAUAAUAGUAAUUCUUCUCGGUUAAUUGUAUUACUAUUGUGAAUUUUACAUGGUCGCGAAGAUCAAAGUCCGUUGACACCUCGAGGUUUUUGUGAAUUAGGAACAUAGGAAAAAACUUCAUGACUUCAGCCACUAAAAUGGUAAACAUUGGACGAUUGUUAGGAAGGAGAGACACUGGAGUGUCUCUUAUCAAACUCCAGAGAUACAUAAGUACUGCAGAGAAAGUUUCAUGCGAUAGAGAAUUUAGGGAAGUGGCGAUUGAAGUUCCAUGGGGUAAAAUAGCAGGUAAACACUGGGGUCCACCUGACGUAAAACCUAUAAUAGCCCUGCAUGGAUGGCAGGAUAAUGCUGGCUCAUUCGAUCCCCUCAUAAAACAUCUCCCAGAGGACCUGAGUAUUCUAGCUGUCGAUUUUCCCGGUCAUGGCCACUCCAGCUGGCUGCCGAAGGGCAUGAUGUACGCGAACCUAGUGUACAUACAACUAGUUCAUCGGAUAAAGCAGCAUUACAAUAUGAACCGAGUCGGUCUGAUUGGCCAUUCACUGGGUGGUAUAAUGUGCUUCAAUUACACAGCGCUCUUCCCCGAUGCCGUUAAAUUCGUCGUAGCUUUUGAUAACUUCAAAUAUCCAGUCUACGAUAGUAAAAAAUAUCUCCCAAUAUUCAUAAAGAACUGGGAGAAGUUUUUUCAAAUUGAAGAAAUGCGAACGGCAGCUCCGAGGCAUUCAGAAAAAAAUGCAAUAGAACGAUACAUCCGCGGCACUAGAAAUUCUUUAGACGAGGAAAUGUGCAGAACAUUACUGGUCAGAGGAGCAACGAGGCAUGCGGAUGGGACACUGACCUUCAAUCGAGACCCUAGAGUUCAAUUUUUCCUCUUUGAUAAUGGAUUUUCAAAUGAACAACUGAUAGACAUGGCGAGUCGCAUCAGAUGUCCCUAUGCAGUCAUUAAGGGUGAAAAUUCUACCUUCAGAGAGGAAAAGGAAUUUUACUCUGAAGUGCUUCAGGUGAUAAAGGGGCACUCUCCCGAUUUCCGGUUUCAUACAAUGCCUGGAACUCAUCAUUUUCACAUGACAAAUAAGAGUGAUCUAGCGGACUUGAUCAGCCCUUUUAUAAAAAAACAUGUAUAAUUGAAGUUUUGUCUAAUAAUUUGAUAGAUGUGCGAUUUAAUAAAAAAAUCAAAUGUCAGACGAAACUAGA